AUGGGAGAUACCAAAGAACCUUCAAGCUGUGUAAUUCUUGAGAAUAAUUGUCAAUGUGUGUGUGUAACUAGUUGUUCAACAAUCUGUUUGUUUAAUUUCCCCACUUGUAGUGGUGAAACAUCGGCUGGUAGCAAAACUGUCAAGAAAGGAGCCCCUGAAAAGAGGAAAUGGGAGCCUUUUCGCCAAUUACGGAAACUGCAUCAUCGACACGCUUUCUCCGACACGACUUCAGCUGAAGUUGCUUCGUUAGGCACAGAAUAUGAGGACUGCUCGACAACCACCACAGAAUGCAUAGAACCAAAUGAAGAAUCUACAGGAAGUGCAGAGUCUAUAGAAUCCGAGCCAACUUCUGGUAAUAAGGCCAGAGUUUCAUCAUACUCUGAAUCUCAAAAUGGUAUAUCUCAGAUUGUUCAAUGGCGCGGAUUCUCUCGGAUAUUGAAAAGAGGACCCACUUCUCAAUCCUUACCUCCGGUCAAGCCUACGCUCACUAGAAAAAAUAGCAUAAGAUUUAGAGAUGACAUACUUCCUAAUAUAUGUUCAGCUCUUGAUGCUGAACUAGGCGGUUUUAAAUCUUCCUGGAAGAACUUCUCUCUUUCGGAUCUUCAAGAAGCAACCAAUAACUUCAGCCCUGAAAAUCUGAUAGGAGAAGGAGGGUAUGCAGAGGUUUACAAAGGGCAAUUGGAAAGUGGAAUGUUUGUCGCAAUUAAGCGGCUAAACCGCGGUUCAUCGGAUGAGAUGACCAUCGAUUUCUUAUCUGAGCUCGGAAUUAUAGUGCAUGUUGAUCAUCCUAACAUUGCUAAAUUGAUUGGUUAUGGAGUUGAAGGAGGGAUGCACCUUGUUCUUCAGUUGUCUCCCCAUGGAAGCUUGGCAUCAAUACUUUAUGGCCCAAAGGAGAAACUGAACUGGCAACUCAGAUUCAAGAUCGCUUUAGGGGCUGCCGAAGGCCUUUGCUAUCUUCACGAAGGUUGCCAGAGGAGAAUUAUCCAUAAGGAUAUCAAGGCUUCAAACAUUUUGCUUUCAGAAGACUUUGAUGCUCAAAUAUGUGAUUUUGGACUGGCAAAAUGGUUACCUGAUCAAUGGACUCAUCAUACAGUCUCUAAAGUCGAAGGAACAUUCGGUUAUCUUCCACCUGAGUUCUUCAUGCAUGGCGUGGUCGAUGAAAAAACAGAUGUUUAUGCUUUCGGGGUAUUGCUCUUGGAGCUCAUCACCGGGAGGCAAGCCAUAGAUAGCUCACAACAAAGCAUUGUUAUGUGGGCAAAACCUUUGAUUAAAGAAAAUAAGAUGAAAGAACUCAUUGAUCCAGUUUUAGACGCUGCUUAUGACACGGACCAGUUGCAACGUAUGGUUGCAACAGCUUCUAUCUGUGUACAUCCAUCUGCAGCAAAUCGACCCCAAAUGAACGAGGUUGUAGACAUUCUGAAGGGCAACGACAGAGGCCUGGAGGUGCUGAAAAUACGUGAGUCAGAGGCAACGCUUCAAAGGACAUACUCGGAGGAGAUCUUCGAUGCAGAAGAAUACAAUUCAACGAAGAACUUGAACGAUAUCAAUCAUCAAAUGGAGAUUCUUUUAGAACAGUCUAAUGAUGUUUAAAGAACUUUGUUAGUUUCACUCCA